CUACUCUUCUCACGCCACCAUGUUGAACGACUACUAUCGGUACAGUUCUCGUUGCCGGCUUGGGCACUGCUUUGUCAGUUGCUGCUAGUGCAAAGCUAUCAACAGCUAAACGUGAACUUGAUUUUAUGUUCGAACAGUUCACCAUAACGACGAGUGGUCUGACCAUAGCCGCACUUACAUCCGUAAUGGCAACAUUAGGCUUGGGCAACAUUCAGAUCAUUCGGGACACACCGAGAUCAUCAAAGCAGUCUCAGAACUCAACUGCACCAUUCGCCAUUACGUGGUCUUCGAUCCACGGUAAUCAUGCCGCUGCACAUGCUAAUAUGAAUAUAACUCUCGAAGAGUUAGCGUCGUUGAUUGUGCAAUCUGUUCCUAUCCCCGCAGGUUCAGAAGGCGCAAAGCAAUUUGUCAAGAGAACGGAUUUUGAUGUGCAAUACGUGACCUGGAACUGGGAUAACGUUAAUGUUGAUUUAGAUAUGGUCUUAGUUCAAGACAGGGCUAUGACUGAAGAAUGGCGGGAUUCUGGUGCGUUCUUUAGACAACAUAGAGCUUGGAAGUGUUUUACCGCGACAGCCAACCCCAACCCCGGUCAGGGUGAAGGGUAUGACCAGCUUGGCCGAGGUAAUGUUGUCCACGGUGAAACCUAUCUUAAUACCUAUGGAGGUAUAGAUGGGUACUGCAAUGAUAACAAGGAUGGAGCACAGUGUUCUCAAGAUGGCUGUGGUGAUUAGUAAUCAUGUUUAUGAAAGCAAUACUCAGUACACUUCGGACAGACUAGUAUCGAUUAUCCAGCUAGUAAGCCAAUUAUGUAAUGUUGCGCAGUUGCGUAA